UUCACGCUAGGAUCUCUGAUUAUUGCUUCAUUGAAGCGCGUUCGUCUAGUGUUUUAAACCAUACAUCGCGGUCAACAGCACCAAACCCUUACCUUAUUCAGUGUGAUUGCCCAAUGACGAGAAAUCAACAUCAUAUCUGACCAUAUCUAUCAUAUUCAUGGGAAUAUGCAUUAUCUAUUGUCAAGGACGCGCGCGUCAUGGUCAAGUCACACUUGUUCGCGAGCCGUCUUAGUGCACACGAUGGCGCAGGCCGCGGGCUUGGUCCAGUAUGACAGUAUUACAGAUGACAGUGGAGAAAUGGAGAAUCACGUGCCCGCCGAUAAAAGCACCGCUACUGACCCGCAGGCCUCAACAGACGACACAGCAAAAAAAAGUGCAUUCGCGAAAAUAUGCCAUACCGAUCGCUGAACUCACAACGGAGAUGGCUAAGCUUUUAAGAGAUGUUAAGGUUUUUUUCACCAAAGACAUUAAUUUGGAAAGAAAAGGGUCGCCCAUUUCUCCCUCGACCUGGACGAAGGCAAAUGAGAGAAUUCUAUGUUAUCUUGGGUUCUGUAGAGACACGCUUCAUUACAAAGACAUCAGCCCAGAUCUAUUUUUAAGAACACGGUUACUCGAAAGGUAUCUGGAUUAUUUAAAGACGGACAGGAAGCUUGCAUCGUCUACCCUAGCUGGAAAUCCAGAUGUUUUCUCUAUGAGGGUGGAUUUCAGUCAGGUAUCAAAUAAAGGAAGUAGGAAGACUUCACCUAUUAUGGUGUUGAUUGGGAUGGACCUGUGGGAAGUGCUAAUGAACAUCAAGUUGUAGUUCCUGAAACAAGAUGUCCUCUUGAUCCUGAAAUGAUUCAACAACUGCAACGACUUGUAGGCACCUCAGUUGAGGACAACAAUUAUAGUAUAGAUACUUUUCAAGAAACAGUCCGUUUGGUGGAAGGACUUUUGUCCUCAUAGCUAGAACAGGAAGUAAUAAAUAAUAAUACAUGCAUGCCUCCAAAACCCUGAUAUGGUCAAGAAAUGGCGCUUCUGGGAUCACAAAUCCAUUUUUAGGCGACCACGGCUAUCCUGUGGGUUGCCUUAUGCUAGGGUGCUAAAAAGUUUUGUCGAGUUCCACUGCCAAAGUAAGAAGUGGACCAAUCACGGCUAACAGUAUUUUAUGGGAUCCCUUACCAGCCAAUCAGUUUUCACUUCUCUCAAAUGAUUUGACAUUUAGCUGUCACCGUGUGCCUGAAAAAUUGUAAACAACUUUGCGAAUCAUCAGAAGUUUUGCUACUAAAUGAGACUUCAUUUACUUGUUAUCGUCUUUUUUUCGAAAAGAUGUGUAUUGUGGUAUUUACUAGGAUUUGGCUGUAGAAACACUGAAGUUAGAGAGGAGAGCAACUCAGCCGGCCAAGCAUGUGCAGGUAA